CAAAAUGUUAUUUCAUAUAACACAUCAGAUAUGACCAGAUAUAUAUUAGAAUAAUGUCAGUAUGAAAACGCAUUAAUAGAGAAACUUGAAUGGAAUGUUGAAAUACUUAUUCAGACAAAUAUAGAUAUAAACAUCCCUGACAAAGAUGGCCUUACUUCCUUACAUAUUGCUUGUUUGGGGAAUCUUUCAAAAGUCAUCGAAAUGCUUUUGAAAAAUAAUGCAGAUAUAAAUUUGGUGGACAAAGAUGGACGAACAUCUUUACAUAUGGCUUGCUUUAAUGGGAAUUUAAAGGUUUUGAAGUUACUAAUACAUUAUGGGGCAAAUGUUAAUAUUGCAGACAGGACUGGGUCUACAGCAUUGCAUAUCGCUGCUCAGAACCAAGAUAUUGAUAUUCUUCCUUGUUUAAUUUCUAAUGGGGGGAAUGUGAAUCUACAGGACCAAAAAGGUUUAACACCACUUCACAUUUCUUGUUAUAAUGGCGAUAUAAAUAUUGUACAGAAACUGUUAGAGUCUGAUGCUGAUGUCAAAAUGCUUUCGGAAGGUGGGGUUGAUUCUCUAACAGUGGCAGUUGCAAACGGCUACUAUAAUAUAUCAGACGAACUACUAAAAAAAGGUGUUCACAUACUUGGUAUGAACUUUCCGUAUUUGCUUCAAUCUGUCCAGUGUAAAUCAAUUAUUAGCCAAAUUUUGGACAAAUACAGUGAUGUCCUUACUUACAAAAAUAGUGAUGGACAGUCACUUUUGCACAUAUCAUUAUUGGAAAAGACGACACAAUGGACUGACUUUCUUCUCUCUAAGGGCGAUUUGAUUAAAUUUUCAGACAAAGAAGGGAAUUUGACUUUCUUUUAUGCAAUUGAAAAUGGGUCGCAAAACAUUAUAGAAUUAUUUUUACAAGAAGACUUGUCUGAAGCAAUGAGAAUCGAAUGUCUUCGUAUGGCACGUAUGAAAGGAAGAGAGGAUAUUGCUUCUAGGCUGUUCAAAAAAUAUCCAAGUUUACUGAGUAAUAUGAAUGGUAGUGACUACAGGAUGUUACCGAAGUUGCUUAGAACCCAUUGUGUAUUCAAUAAAAUAACGGAAAAUGCUUUAAAUAGCAGAAAGUACAUUGACAUAUAUAGCAUUAUUCUUGCUGAUCUUCCCGAUGAAUUAUGGAACCUUCAUAAAAGCACUGUACCAUGCUUAUCUCCAGAAAACUGUACGACAAGUGAGUGCAAUUGGUUAGAGGAGAAAACGAUAAUUGAUGAAGUGAGCUAUGGAAAUAUAGCAGAUUUAUCCCCCUUGGAGAUAUGGCCGCUUCUGUUUUAUUCAGAUAAUCCGAUAUUAAAAGGUUUACAUCGCUCUGAUUUUAUUUGUUUGACAAAAGAUAUUAUAACAUUGAAGGAUGUCAUUGGAAAUACCAUUUUACAUUAUUUGUGCUUAACGGAAAAUAAAAGUUUCUUCUUUACUUUACAUCACCUUUGGUCAAUUGAAAAUGAAGAUUUAUUCCAUACUCCUCCCGUCCAAAAUAUGGCAAAAAUAAGAACGCUUAUCAAUAUGCAGAACCUUGCGGGAUGUACACCCCUCCACUACGCAGUAAAAAAUCCUGCCUUUUUUCGUUUGCUUGUUAAACUUGGAGCUGAAAUCGGAAUUAAGGACAAAUCUGGCCAUGUUGCUGAGCAUUAUCGACCGUAA